AUGGAACAAGUCGAUCGACUGCCAGGAUGUAGUGCCGUUAAACCUAUUAUUUAUGGAAACUCUGCUGAGAAACUACCUAUAAAAACAGCACAAGAACAUACUCAUAAAUGGAAACUGUUUGUUAGGCCAUACUGUGAGGAAGACAUCUCCAAAUAUAUCAAGAAGGUCCAAUUCAGGCUUCAUGAUUCUUAUACGAAUCCGAUUCGAAGUAAGAAAACUUAAUGCGGCGUUAUGCUAAUCUUAAUACUUCUUAUGCUUAUUAGAACAGUGUUAGGCUCCAAUUUAUGUAAUUUAUUCUUAUGGCGUCUUUAUAGCAAUAAGCAAUGUGUUUAGCUAUUGAGGCACCACCUUUUGAAGUGGAGGAGACUGGAUGGGGAGAAUUCGAAGCUGGGAUCAAGUUAUUCUUUGUCGAUCCUAAUGAGAAGCCUGUAAGUUGAGUUUUUUGACUUGCUAACUCAUCCGUCUUCUAAGGUUAAUGCGGUUUACUAUCUCCGGCUUUUCUCUCCGAUGGUUAAUAUUCCAGAUGGAAAACAGGUUGUUUUGUACGAGCAUUACGAUGAAAUUGUAAGUGUUUUUGCUUCUCCGUUGUUUGACGUCCGUUUGGGGAAACAGUAGGAUUUAUUUGUAUCCUAAUAAGGUGUAAUAGACAGUAUAAUAUAUAGAGACUAGUGGACAUACAAAACUGUUUAAGAGAAACAAUUCUUUGGUGCUGUCUGGAACAUUGGGAUGUCAGUGAGUUUUUGGUUAGGUUUAGAUCGGCGAGCGGUAAAUGUCCAUUCUAAUUAAUAAUGUCGCCGGGGUUGUGCUUUAGAAUUGGCUAACUCUGUGUUUCAAAUUGCCAAGCUAACUGUCGCUGAUUGGCGGUUUCUGUUUUACUAGUUCACCUUCUUUAUUAUCAUAGCGAUGAUCUUCCAGAUAUUCGUUGAGCCGACCAAGGUGAUGAUGAGAGCUUUGGAAGAGGGAUCUCGCGACAAGCCCAUCAAAUCGGUAACGGAUUGUAAGUUAAUGUCUGUAUCGAAUAACCUUUCCAUUCUAGUCCAACAGCAGAAGAUUCUUUUGAUUGAUAAAUUAAACAAUGCGAUAAAAGAAGUGACUGCAGAAAUUAGUGAUCUGAGGGAGAGUCUCCGGCAGAAUUGUUUCCAAUCAGAGUCCAAGAUGGCUAACAGUUCGCGAGGGACGUCGGUGGAUGGAUCAGUCGAUUCCAGCAUGGAUCACUAG